AGUUUUUUUUUUUUUUUUUUUAUCGCCGUGCGACAAAUUUCGGCGCACCGCGGAGGAGGAAAUGAUAAGCCGGAUGAGACUUUUUGCGUUGCGGACGAUCAGGGUGACGGGAUUAGGGUUGCGAUGAGAUCUCUUUUUUCUUUUUUUUUUUUUCCACUUCGACGAGAUAACUGAGAUUCGUCCGUGAUUCGUCCGUGACCGAGGUCAGUUACUCGACGGUUAUUUAUGUAGAGGAGAAUUCGGAAGUGACAUUCCUCCCGCUACGUGACAGGAAAACGUGACACGAAUCGCGCGUACCGCGCGAGUUGUUGGAUUUGUGACUGUUGUACAAAUAUGGCAGCUAGUGCACUUGAGGAAAAAAUUAACAAGAUAAGGCAACAGAAUGAGGAAAUUAGAAGGAGACACGAGGAAGUGGAGGAGGAUAAGAAGAAAGCAGCUAAGUUGAACGCGUUGGUACAAAUGGUACCGUCCACUGACUGGCCUGAGAGAAAAGAACCGCCGGAAUUUUCCAAUCCGCCUCGGACGAACAACAAGUCGAAACCUGCCAAAGAGCAUCACGAACAUCCUCACCACCAGUAUCACUCCGCGAGCGGCGAAGGAAGAAAGAGUCACACCUUUGCUCAGGGACAGGGACCUCCACCCGAUCCCAAAUACAAUUUUCUUGCCGAUGCCGAGAGAGAGGAAGGCGUUGUGGAAAAUGUGAAAGACACUUUGCCAACCAAGGGGCAGAAGAAUUCGAAGGGCACGUUUAAAAGAAAACCUGGGGGGAAGGAUGGAAUGCAGAGAGACUACAGAACGAACAGAGGCUCGCACAGAGACGAGCAUCAGCCGGAAUACGAGGCUUGGAGAGCGGAGAGAAAUCGCAUCGACGAAGAUCGCAUCAGCAGACAGAGAACGGCGGAGGGUAAUUGGCGUCGGGAAUGGGACAACGACAAGGCGCAUAUUGUGGACGAGGUGACAAGAUCCGAGACCAAAUUGGGGGAUUAUGUAAAGAAGGAUUACAAAGAUCACGAUAGAAGAUACUACGUUAAUGGCAAUGAUUACGCAAAUCACAAUCGCGGUAAUCAUCGUUCUUAUCGAGGGAACGCGAAACGUUUUCAUAACAAUUAUGAAAAUCGUUCCAAUAACACGUAUCAUCACGACGGACAUGCCAAGAACCCCGGUCCCGAGGAGAGAACUGUCGUCGCCACUGACAAAAGCAUAAAGGUCACGCUCAACCAGGGUAACAUGACGAAGGGCUCGCUCAUGAGUGUGAAAGUGAACUCGCCGAGUAUCGCCGGAACGGGCCGAGUCGGGCCGCGGCAAAGAAGUCGCUUGACGUACAGCAGUCACUCGGACGUUGAGGUAACCGAUAACGAGCCAUUUUCACGUCAGAAAUCGUACGAGGACAAGACCAAAGGUAUUUAUCACGACAAUUCGCAAAACUCGGUUAACUCGCGCAAGUCGCAACCUCCGCCGCGGAGAAAAGACUUCGGCAACAAGUCCCCGUACUUCCACAAGAAAGAGAUCAAAAGGGAGAAUUCCGCGGAGAGUCCGCAUAAGCGCCACGAGACGGAAUUGGUGCAAAAGAACAAAUCGCACGCGCAUGAUCAGGUCAAAAACGAGGAAAAUACUGAAAAAUUGGAAGACAAUGAGGUUGUGAACGACGAGAAAAUCAAUGUUACUUCGGACAAGCUCGACGCGAACGACACGGGCGCGGAGAGCAAUGAGAACGAUCCGAACAAUGCGAGUUUACACGCGGAUGAGAAAAACGAAGCUCAAGCGAACACGGAUGUCUCGCAGAACUCGGACUCAUCCGAGUCCAAAAUCGAAGCAAAAACCGCUUCGGAUUUGUGCGCGAAUGAAGAAAAUCAUGAGCAUAAUGAAGUUGUUUGCGCGAACAAAGACGUCUCGCGGGAUUCGGACUUGUCCGAGUCCAAAGUCGAGGCGGAAACUGAAAGAAGUGAAGCAAACAAGGAAUCGGAGAAGGUCGCUGAUUCAUCGUCAACGAAGGAUGUUGACGAUAAUAAGAGUGAGAUGAUCAAUUUUGUGGAAAACUCAUGCGCCGAGUCUAGCACGAAAACGACGAGAAAUGAUGAUAAAAAUCGGGACGUACCGGUUGAGAAAGAGCAGAUUGACGAAAUAAUAAGCAAUAACUGUGAUAGCGAGCAAACUAACGAUGUCAAAUGUGAUACAAAGAGCCCGGAGAAAGAGACGGACGAAGUCGCGGCUCCAAUCGAUACACCUGCUGCGGCAGAAGAAGAGAAAAAUGAAUUGGAAGUCGCGAACGGUGAGAUCGACGCCACAACCGACGAGGCGAACACCCGCGACAAGCGGAGUGUAACAGAACUCGUUGACGAGGUUUCCUUAUGCGCGGCGCGCAUAAGUAACGACGACACCAAUGACAAUGAGAAGAAGAAAGAUAACGCCACGAAUGACGACGACGCCGCCGCCGCCGCCGCGGCGGAAUCUUCGAAGGAAGAGGAGGUGCGUGCGAACGAAAAAGCGCAGUAAAUAUUUGCAAAAACUUAUAAGUAAUCCGCGAAUAUGUGACCACAAAUCACAAUCGUUUAUACGUUUUUAUAAAUAUUUAUCAAAGGGAGCUUUUUCAAAAAUACGAAAUAAUAAAGUUGAAGAAUAGUUGAAAAAAAAAAGAAAAAAAAAUUGACAAGAGAUAUGCAAUACGUGAAAUGUUACGAAGUUGACUGUGAGUUAAACAGAAAUGAAUCGACGAGAGAGAGCAGAGCGCGUUUAUAAAUACCUGUUAAAAAAAAAAAAAAAAUAGCGAGAGGCGUGAUAUAUAUGUAUAUAUAUAUUUCAAAAGUCAAUUUUUUAUGACGAUAUACGAGUUGAAGAUAUUUAAUUGUAAUUUGAUGAACUAAUUGAUAGUCGGUAACAAAGUUUUUAUUUUUUCGUUUUGAAGGAAAGAGACUUCUCGAGAGAGAUCUGUUACAUAUACGUGUGUACGAUCGCUAAGUCCGCCAAAUAACGAUACACAUUUAAUAAUAUAUAGUUUUUUUCUUGUUGAUUUCAGAACUUUUAUACUCUGUUGUAUACUGCGUUUUAUUUAAGUUUAUUGUGAAUUAUAUUAUUAUUAUUAUUAUUAUUAUCUCGACGCCGUUUCUCCGAAGACAAGAGAGACAUGAGAGAAAGCGAUUUGAUUCCUACACGAGUAUAUCCAUAUAUCGUGCACAAAAUCAACUUUUUGCGUUUAGAAGCACAAUCGCUUUUUGUAAACGAUAGACACAGAAUAGUCAUGUGUUUAACUGUUGCUCCGGAAGAAGACGCCCAACUUCUUGUUCUGCGUUUUCGCGUUGAAACGCGAAAAAGAAUAAAAAAAAAANAAAAAAAAANAAAAAAAAAAAAAAAANAAAANAAAAGAAA